AUGACAGAAAAAAAUAAUGGUCAAAUAAAAAUUACUGUUUAUGGUUAUGAUGUGGCAACUACCGAAGAAGCCACGCGAUUGGUUAGUGAAAAACUUUCUCAACUCAAAUUAAAAUUUAGUGGUCCAAUGCCUUUUCCAACCAAAAGAAUACUCCGUUCAGUGCCUAUUUCUCCUCAUAAACAUAAGGAUUCGCAAGAGCAAUUUACUCGAGAAAUUCACCGGCGAGUAAUUCACCUUAAUAAGAUUUCUCCAACUGAAUUAGAAUCCCUUGAAAAGUUAAAAGUUCCUAACACUGCCCAUUUGGAAGAAUUGUUUACUCAGCAACUAGCGGUAAGUUCUCAAAAGGAAAAGAGUAUCCAAGCCGAGAUGGAAAAAGUUAAUGAAACAAAAAGAUGGGUAAUGGACAAAUUAGAAAAAGCGAUUCCAAUGAGCAAAGAAGAAGCCAAAAAAAAUCUCUUAUCUCUCUUAAGAGAAGAAGUUGACCAAGAAUUGGAGCGAUACAAAGAAGAAAGAAUUAAACAGACUGAAAAAGUAGCGAAGGAGGAAAGUGCUAAGGUGAUUUGUGUGGCCCUCGAAAAGUGUAGUUCAGAAUUAGUUUUUACCAAAACAACUGAUACUUUAUGGGUAGAAAGUCCCCAAAUAAUUAGCAAAAUAAUUGGGAAAGAAGGACGAAAUAUUAAUGCCUUUCAACGAGUUACCGGCACUGAAUUAAUUAUUGAUCGGGAAAGUGAUGAGCUGAGUGUUCAGAUUUCUUCUUUUAACUCUUUGCGGAGAGCCGUAGGUUUACAAACUCUCCAUACUUUAAUUAAAGAGGCCAAGUUUUCCCCCCUACAUAUUGAAAAAACUUAUCAAAAAAUAAGUUCAGAAGUUAAUGAAUUGAUUAUAAAAACUGGGACGGAGGUUUUGAGGGAGUUGGAGUUAAGUAAUGUCCACCCCGAAUUAGUUAAACAUUUAGGAAGACUAAAAUUUCGCACAAGUUAUGGGCAAAAUGUUCUUGAACAUUGCCUGGAAGUAGCCAAGUUAGCAGGAAGUAUUGCGGCUGAAUUAGAUUUAGAUGUUCUUUUAGCCCGACGAGUUGGUCUAUUCCAUGAUAUUGGCAAAGCGGUGGAAGAUAAUGGAAAUUAUUCCCAUGUUCUGAGUGGGAUUAGUUUAGCCAAAAAGUGUCAGGAAUCUGAAAUAGUUAUUAAUGCCAUUGCUUCUCAUCAUCGGGAUUUUCCUCCCAAUAAUCUUUAUUCUUUAAUUAUUUUGGCGGCUGAUAAAUUGUCAGCAGCCCGUCCUGGUGCCCGUGGCUACCAGUCAGAAGCUUAUAUAGAAAGGAUGAAUAGUUUAGAAAAUAUUGCUAAUAAGUUUCCCGGUGUCAAGAAAAGUUAUGCUUUCCAAGCCGGACGAGAGGUGUGA